AUGGGUGGGGUUGGGGGUGAACUUCGUCUUCCACCCCAGAACUUCGCUGCCUCCGCAAUCGCACGCACCAGAAUUGCAGAAGACUCCAGCCUCCGCCUCCUCUGCAGUGACUUCUCUCCUCCCCAGUGUGCCCGAAUCAGGCGAUUGAACAAAAAUGGCAGAACGGAUAUUCCGUUUGGAUCCCUAGUCUUCAAUCACGUCCUCUCGCAGCUCUCUUCCUUUAUUGUUGCACAAAAAUCGCAGUCGCAAGGUAUUGUGCUGGUUGCACUUUCUCGGGGUCCUUUGUACUACGAAGAAUUGUUUAAGAGUAAAGGAAACAAUGUAGCUUUGUCAAAUAAAUGGAUUAGAGUUUUGGAUUGUUGUACGGAUCCACUGGGUUGGAGAAGCAAGCUUAUGGAAAGUGGGAGAAUUGCGAAUCUCACUACUGGAACUUCAACUAGGGCUAAUUUAUACAAAAAUGUGAAAGACUUGGAUAAGUUAUUGUCGGCAAUUAUUGAACUAGGGAAAGAAUUGGUUGUAGAGGGAAAUGGGCGCUUUGCGGUUGCCAUAGACUCGGUAAGCGAAAUGCUAAGGCAUGCAUCCAUCUCUUCAGUUGCUGGACUUCUAAGCAACCUUCGGAGUCAUAGCCAGGUAUCUUGCUUGUUUUGGCUAUUACAUUCUGACAUUCAUGAGACCAAGGCGAUUGCUGCUCUUGAGUACAUAUCCUCCAUGCAGGCCAGUGCAGAACCAAUAACUCGGCCAGUAAAUGGACAGCGAGGCAACUCUGAGAAACUUCCUUUACUGGAACAAAACCUUAGAGGAGGAAAGAUCCACGUACGCUUCAAACGCAGAAACGGACGAGUGAGACUGAUGUCUGAAGAGUUUUGUAUUGAGCAAUCGGGCAUAAAAUUCACUCCCGUUUCUUCUGAAGCUGAAAUUAUUGCCCAAAGCCUUGUACCUAAGGUUCAGUUCAAUCUAGAGUUGUCGGAAAAGGAGCGAAAUGACAGGGCAAAAGUUGUACUUCCGUUUGAGCACCAGGGAAAUGGUAAAAGCAUUCAAAUCUAUGAUGGUCGAAAGUCUCUCAACGAGGACAGAGCUGAAAUGCAAGAUACUUCUACAGAGAAAGUGCAGACAGUUGAGGAUUCUGGGAGGGGCGAGAUUAUAUAUUUUCGUGAUUCAGAUGACGAGAUGCCAGAUUCAGAUGAGGACCCUGACGAUGAUUUGGACAUAUAA